UCACGGCCUCUCCCAUCAUGACUGAGCACAGUCUGUCUCCAGGGCCCAUCAAUGGCUGCUCUUCCUCCUCCAACCCCCAGCCCAAUGCAGGCAACAGCAGCAAGCCCUGGAGGAGUAAGUCCCAGAACACCAAGCACAGCACCACCUCCUCCAUGCUGUCCGUCAAGCAGGACCCUCUCACCAGGCAGCCCGUGGCCACACCCCUAGAGGUCCUCCCUAAAGUCAUCGCCCAGAAGUCCAUGCUGGAAAAACUCAAGCUUUUCAACAGCAAAGGAGGCUCCAAGGCAGCUGGAGUCCUGACUGACAGGCCGACAGGGCAGGAGACGGAGUCGAUGGAGUCGCUUCCCACCAGCAGUGACCACCUAGAGGAGGCAGAGGGGAACUCCCGGCCCCCCAAUGUCAUGGCGACCAGCCCCAAGCUUGCCCUGAAGGGCAUUGCCCAGCGCACCUUCGGCAGGGCCCUCACACCCCAGAAGAGCUCUCUGAAGACUGGGGAGAAGGAGAAGGACAAGGCCAGGCCCAAGGAGAGGGACAAGGCCCGGGAGGGAGGCUCCAAGCGGGGGUUCGUCACAGAGCAGGAGGAGCCCAGGGAUGACACCAGGCAGGAGGGAGUAGGUUCAGACUCAGCAGAGCCCAAGAGGAACACUAAGAGUACCAGCUUCAUCCCAAAAGGAGGCAAGGCUGGCAGUGGCAAAAAGGAGGUCUCAGCCCCAGCAGCACACAGCGGAAUACAAAAGCCAGGGUUCAAGACAGGGAAGACCUCAGGGGUGCCCUCUUCUGGUCGAGAUGGAGACAGGCCCAGCAGUUUGAGGGCCGGUGGGGGUUGUGGUCACUCGGUGCACAAGUGCCAGCUGGACAGCAGAAGCUCCAGCUCCUGCUCCAGCCUGGCGUCCUCUGAAGGGAGGUCUCACCAUCAACACCACCACACCAACGGAGCGCCCCCAGUGGCCACCACAGCCAGCAACACCAUCAGUGUCCAGCUACCUCAUCCUCAGCAGCAAUACAACCACCCCAACACUGCCACUGUUGCACCAUUCAUGUACAGGUCUCAGCCUGAUGUGACUGGAACAGACAUGAUGAUGGAGGCAGCGGGGUCACUGGAGGGUCACAGAGAGACUGCAGCCAUCAGCAAGUCAGCAGACAACUCCCAGGAGGACCUCACAGGUGAAGACCCUGAGGCCAGGCGGUUGCGGACGGUGAAGGACAUUGCAGAUCUGAGGCAGAACCUGGAGGAGACCAUGUCCAGCCUGAGGGGAACACAGAUUAGCCACAGCACCCUAGAGACCACCUUUGACAGCAGUGUCACCACUGAGAUCAGCGGGAGAGGCAUGCUCAACCUGUCCCCCCGCCCCAACCCAGCGCUGCCCUGGCGACUGUGCCCCUCCAGCCCACGUCUGCAGGCAGGCGACGCCCCCUCUGUGGGGAAUGGGUACACAGUGGUGAUGCGGGGCAGCUCCAGUGGCAUGGUGAGCCCAGAGGAUGGGCGCUACCUCCGCAGCAGGCAGACACCAGGACAGGAGAGUAACACUGUGUGUGACCUGUCAGACAAGAUGGAAGAGCUAGAGGGCGUUGCCAUAGAGACCACAGGGUACAUGAGCAAUGAGGACGUGCUAGGGAAGAACAUCCACAUGGACAAAGUCACCAGUGGCUACAUGACGGACGGCAGGGUGGGCAUGUACACACCCCGCCUCAACCGCCUGCCGGAUGGCAUGGCUGUGGUCCGAGAGACACUCCAUCGUAACAGUUCCAAGGGCCAAGGGGACACCACCGACAGUUGGGACGACAGCAGCUCGGUGAGCAGUGGGAUCAGUGACACUAUCGACACAGAUGACAUCAACACCAGUUCCUCAGUCAGCAACACUCCGUCCGUCUCCUGCAAGGACAUAGUGGGACAGCUCCAGACGGAAGCAGAGAAGCACUCGGCCAUUGAGCAGAACUCUGUGUGGUCCGGCAGCGACGAGGUCAAGAGGUCAGGCGGUGGCUCGGACAACGGGGUCAAAAUGGAGUCGGGCUCCAAGUAUUGCCGCCACCCCUCAGACAUGUCGGACGAGUCGGACAGGAGCUCCUCGGGCCGCAAUACGCCCUCCAUGGCCCACACAGGCUCCUGGAGGCGGGGAAUGAGCGCCCAGGUGGGUGUAACCUUGCCCAGGACCAAGGCUCUCAUCACGCCAGGCUGUGCAAUGCUGAAGACCCAUGUUACAGGUAAAACGGACGACGCCAAGGUGUCUGAGAAGGGCCAACAUCAUCUCUCUCCCCGGGCCAAGUGUAGCAUGCAGCGCUCCCCAUCAGACACGGGCCGCAGCAGUGGAGAUGAGGCCAAGAAGCCCCCCUCCUCCUCCAGCUCCAGCCGCACCCCCACCACCAACACCUUUGGAUUUAAGAAGCAUGCAGGAGGAGGUAUGACCAUGGUGACAGCCAGCGGAGUGACCAUCACCAGUGGCUCCGCUACCCUGGGGAAGAUCCCCAAGUCAGUGCAGCUCCACGGGGGUCGGGGUCUUGGUCGCCAGGCCAGUGUGGAUGAUGGCUACCUACCUGUGAGCUCACACUCCAACCUGCAGUACCGCAGCCUUCCCCGGCCCAGAAGAGCCUCUGGCGGGGGACGCAGCACAAGCCGCUCGUCCAGCACCAGCAUCGACUCCAAUCUCAGCAGCAAGUCCAACAUGCUCCAUGGCCCCAAAAGCCGCAGCCAAGUCCCCAAACCCAGCGUUGGUGGCAUCCUCCUUCCUGGCUCUGGAUCCAACCAGACAGAUCGGGAGAAGGGGGUGUCCUCUGAAUCCAGUCCCACAGCCCAGGGAGCCAGGCAACCAGGGGGAAAGUACCCAGACGUCUCCUCCCCUACCAUGCGCAGACUGUUCGGAGGCAAGCAGGCUAAGCAGCAGGCCCCAGUCACCACCGCAGAGAACAUGAAGAACUCCACCGUCAUCUCCAACCUCCACGCCAACUCUGGCCAGCAGGGUGGCGCUCUGGACUCCCCCUCGGCCAGUAGCGGGGGCAGUAGCCCUCUGUAUGGGGGUGGAGGUCGCCUGGGUGUGGAGGCCCACUCCCUCUCCCCCCUGGCCUCCAGUCCCAGCUCUGCCCUGUCCACCCCCUCCCACAGCCUGGCCUGGAGCAGCACCCUGAGCAGGGACACUCUGAGCCCCGGCUACCCCUCCCUCAGCAGCCUUGCCACCAGCAGCGAGUCCAUCGACCUGUCUCUGGGCAGCGGAGGCCACGGACACCACGGCCCUGGUCACGACACACUGCCAGCCUGCGUCAGGAACAACGGCAUCAAAACUGGCUUCUCAGACAGCCUUAGCCCUCUCUCCUCUCCCUUGGGUAGUCCCAGCCGAAACACUUUACCCCGGAAACAGGACAGGUACGGCCACCUGCCCCAGCUACGUAGUCAUGACGACCCCCGGGAUUGGCUGCGUUCCCACUCUGCAGGAGGUCUUCAGGAGUCUUCCGCCAGCUCACCCUUCUACCCCACCUCCAGCCUCACCUCGCCCUCCGGAGCCCGCUUCAACUUCUCCCAGCUUGCAGGCAGCCCUACCACGGCGGCACAGAUCAACCUGGCAAACCUCCGCAGCGGCCUGGCCAAUCAGGACGGUUCGUAUGACCCAUACAGUGACCCCCGUCUGAGGAACUCGUCCAUGUCUCUAGAGGAGAAGAGUCGCACCAUGACCAGCUCUGGGUCCUUCAGAGAAGGCCUGGAGGAGGUCCACGCCUCCUCUGUGUCUCUGGUGUCCAGCACUUCGUCUGUCUACUCCACGCCUGAGGAGAAAGCUCAGUCCGAGAUUCGUAAACUGCGGAGAGAAUUGGACGCCUCCCAAGAGAAGGUGUCUGCUCUGACCACUCAAAUGAGUGCUAAUGAUCACCUGGUAGCAGCAUUUGAGCAGAGCUUGGGGAACAUGACCAUCCGACUCCAGGGACUUACCACCACGGCUGAAGGGAAGGAUUCUGAGCUAAACGAGCUGAGGAAGACCAUAGAACACCUGAAGAAGCAGAAUACCACAGUCCAGGCAGCCAUCAACUGUGACAUCAAUCUCCCAGAGCCCUCCUGCAACGGUGAUAGGUCAGCUUCAGCCAAUGAGAGCUCCCAGCCUCAGCCGGACCUGCGUAUCCACAGACAGCACUCAUCUGACAGUGUGUCCAGCAUCACAAGCGCCACCAGCCACUCCAGUGUGGGCAGCAACCAGGAGCUGGACUCCAAGAACAAGAACAAGAAGAAGAACUGGCUACGGAGCUCCUUCAAGCAGGCAUUUGGGAAGAAGAAGUCGCCCAAGUCUGCGUCCUCCCACUCGGACAUUGAGGAGAUGACCGACUGUUCCCUGCCCUCCUCCCCCAAGCUAACAGCAUAUAACUGCUCCACCACCUCUACACCCAUGCUCCAGAACUCCCACUCCAACUCUUUCCCCAUUCUCUCUCCCCUGUCUGUUAGUGGGCGUGGCCGGGGCGGUAGCACUGGGGUGUUGAGGACUAGGUCUCUGGCUUGGAUCUCAGAGUACACAGACAGCGAGGCGGAGAAGGUGAUGGGGCUCCGCAGUGAGCUCCGAGACAAGGAGAUGAAGCUGACUGACAUACGCCUGGAGGCCCUCAGCUCCGCCCACCAGCUGGACCAGCUCAGGGAGUCCAUGAACCGCAUGCAGGGCGAGAUAGAGAGGCUGAAGACCGAGAACGACUGCUUGAAGAUGGAGAGUCAGGGCAGCUGCAGCAGAGCAGCCUCACAGGCCUCAGUGGCCUCACCCUCAGCUGGCCAGUCAAAGCACGGCCUCGCCCUAACAGAGUCCACCAGCCUCGACAUGCUGUUGGAGGACAACGGGGACGGUAGCUCACGGAAAGAAGGACAACACGUCAAGGUGGUCGUAACUCUGGAUGGGGACACCAAGUGGAAAGAGGACCGUAGACCUCGUCAGUUCCUGAUUGGUUGCAUUGGUGUCAGUGGGAAAACUAAGUGGGAUGUGCUUGAUGGGGUGGUCAGACGUCUCUUCAAGGAGUACAUCAUCCAUGUGGACCCAGUCAGCCAGCUGGGUCUAAACUCAGACAGUGUCCUGGGCUAUAGCAUCGGGGACAUCCAUCGCACCAGUGGGGCUGACACCCCUGAACUCCUUCCCUGUGGAUACCUUGUUGGAGAUAGUGACACCAUCUCUGUCUCCCUCAAAGGUGUGUGUGAGCACAGCCAGGACAGCCUGGUAUUCGAGACACUGAUUCCCAAGCCCCUGCUGCAGCGCUACGUGUCCCAGCUGCAUGACCACGGCAGGAUCAUCCUGUCUGGCCCCAGCGGCACUGGAAAGAGCUUCCUGGCCAGCCGGUUGGCCGAACACAUGGUGCUGAGGGAGAGGAGAGAGGUCACCGAUGGGACCAUUGCCACGUUCAACGUAGACCACAAGUCAAGCAAGGAGCUGUGUCAGUACCUGUCUAACCUGGCUGACCAGUGUAAUAGUACGAGUCAUGGGGUGACCAUGCCCCUGGUGGUCAUACUGGACAACCUGCACCGCAGCAGCUCCCUGGGAGAGGUCUUCAAUGGCCUGCUCAGCUGCAAGCACCACCACUGUCCUUAUAUCAUUGGAACAAUGAAUCAGGCUACAUCGACCACUCCCAACCUCCAGCUUCAUCAUAACUUCAAGUGGGUGCUGUGUGCCAACCACACUGAGCCAGUGAAGGGCUUCCUGGGUCGGUUCCUGAGGAGGAGGCUGAUGGAGACGGAGAUCAGCAGCCGACAGCGCAACGCUGAGCUGGUGAGGAUCAUCGAGUGGAUCCCUACUGUCUGGCAUCACCUCAACCGCUUCCUGGAGUCCCACAGCUCCUCGGACGUCACCAUCGGGCCCCGCCUCUUCCUGUCCUGCCCCAUGGAUGUGGAGGGAUCCAGAGUGUGGUUCACAGAUCUGUGGAACUAUUCCAUCAUUCCCUACAUGCUGGAGGCUGUCCGAGAGGGGCUGCAGCUGUAUGGGAGGAGAGCUCCAUGGGAGGAUCCAGCACAGUGGGUGAUGGAGAGCUAUCCAUGGGCAGCCAGCCCCCUGCAGCACGAAUGGACCCAGCUGCUGAAGCUCCGGCCAGUGGACGUGGGAUUCAAUGGAUACUCCAUCUCCAAAGACGGCUGUCCCAGCAAGCAGACUCCCCAGGGAGACACUAACGGAGACCCCCUGAUGAACAUGCUGAUGAAGCUAAAGGAAGCGGCCCACUGCUCCGCCAGCACUCAGAGCUACGACAGUGACUCCAACAGCAACCAGGAUCACCAUGACAACACCGUGCUUGACUUAUCACUGGAGUCCACACUAUGAGUCUCACUGGGUCAGAAUAUACUCACUGUGGCUGGGACUCAUCCUAACUUGAGAUACCUUUGUGUUAAUCAUCCAUUGACAUCAAUGGGAGACUGAUAUGAGGUUAUGUAUUUGAAGUUAGAAUUUGGACCACUGUGUUUCAUAUCUUUAGGCAGAGAUAUGGUCCCUCCAGGACCGGAAUUUAAUAGCCUUGGGCCAUACUGGGUGCUGGUAACCCAAGAUAAAAAUCUCAGUCAAAGUUCAAUAACCUGAAUAAUUUCAACUCAGUACUCUACUAUUUUCAGUGUUUAUUAGGAGUCUGUUUACAAUCACAGGCAAAGACAGUCAACCAUAUGAAUAGAUGACAGAGCUUAUGAGAUGUCAAACCGGUUGACUUGACUGUGACCUAACCUAGGCUAUAGCUUAUGAGAUGUCAAACCGGUUGACUUGACUGUGAUCUAACCCAAGCUAUAGCUUAUGAGAUGUUAAACCGGUUGACUUGACUGUGAUCUAACCUAGGCUAUAGCUUAUGAGAUGUUAAACCGGUUGACUUGACUGUGACCUAACCUAGGCUAUAGCUUAUGAGAUGUUAAACCUGUUGACUUGACUGUGAUCUAACCUAGGCUAUAGCUUAUGAGAUGUUAAACCGGUUGACUUGACUGUGAUCUAACCUAGGCUAUAGCUUAUGAGAUGUUAAACCGGUUGACUUGACUGUGAUCUAACCUAGGCUAUAGCUUAUGAGACGUCAAACCGGUUGACUUGACUGUGACCUAACCUAGGCUAUAGCUUAUGAGAUGUUAAACCGGUUGACUUGACUGUGACCUAACCUAGGCUAUAGCUUAUGAGAUGUCAAACCGGUUGACUUGACUGUGACCUAACCUAGGCUAUAGCUUAUGAGAUGUCAAACCUGUUGACUUGACUGUGACCUAACCUAGGCUAUAGCUUAUGAGAUGUCAAACCGGUUGACUUGACUGUGACCUAACCUAGGCUAUAGCUUAUGAGAUGUCAAACCGGUUGACUUGACUGUGACCUAACCUAGGCUAUAGCUUAUGAGAUGUCAAACCGGUUGACUUGACUGUGACCUAACCUAGGCUAUAGCUUAUGUGGUCCAAACUAAGUAACAAUAACUGGAUAUACAUUCACUCAGCUGCAUAGAGCUUGACCUGUGUGCAUUUUCUUAGUGGAGAGGCACACACCAUGGUGGACAUAUUUUUUAUGCUUAACUUUCAAAUGAUGCCUUGCUACUUUUAUAACAACGGUGGUAACACGCAUGCCUUUAAUGAACAUGAUUUCUAUAGAGGCUGUGCAGAAUUUAGGUGCUGGCUGCUAGCUUGUUCAGACUUUGAUGAAAACACAUCCUUUCUGUGCACCUAGCGGGUAGCAAAAAGGUCUAGGCUUUUGUUAGGGAUUUUUUUAAAUCAGUGAUACUUAUAGGAUUUUUGGUGCUCUGCUUGGGAAAAUGUGAACUUAUUGACAGAAAAUGUUUUUUUAUAUUACCUCAUGAGCGUUUCAAACAGUAUCCCAACAGUGCUUGUUUGUCUUUUGUUCAGCUCAAAACGGAGCGCAAUCCCUGCAUGAAAUGUUUUAACACAGUGUUUCUCUUAUAGAGGCACUUUGGACAUGUAGACCCACAUCUGAAAGGUCCCAGUCUAGAAAAGGAUCAGAGCGACUGCAUGGCUUUGAGACAGAGGCUGGCGUGUCUAGUCGUUCACUCUGGAGAAUUAGCACCAGGGCCAUUUGCAUCAAGUGUUAAUGGGAUCCUCAGUGUUGCUGUAUUGGAGUGACUAGGAUUUAUUCCCUCAUAAGAUGGAGUUUUUUCAGAGUGGCUUAUGCUACUACUAGGUACCACUUUGGCUGCUCCCCCUCACAAGGUCCCCAUUAUCUGCCAGUGUUGUUGCUGUUGCUGUUCAUCCUCUGAGUGUUCUUAGAAACAAAUGCUAUGCAAAUUUCAUUUGGAAUUUUAGACUAAAGCCAAAACAAAAAUUCACUUCCAUUUUUACGUAUUCUCAAGAGUUCUAUUGUAAGUACAUUGAUCUGUGAAUAUUUUUGUAAGGUUUGUAUUUUCACUACCAUAUCUUACUGGAUUGUAAAGGGUGAUGCAAGCACAAAUGAAAACGUUUGUUUUUCUUUUCUUGGUCCCACAAAGUUUGGAUGUUGGAAUGUUGUGAAAAAGGUGUGCUAUUGAAUCUAGUUGUUAAUAAUGUUUAAUAAUGAUUUUAUAUGUGCAUUUUGCUUAUGUAAAUUGUUUUAUGUAAAGAUGUAAAUAUUUUAUCUGAAUCCCAUGUUUUGAAAACAUUUCUAGAAAUCUUGUACAGAAAUAGAGAGUAGUAAUUUGUGUACAGUUUGGUUUACUCUGUAGAUUGUAUGUUGUUAAUAUGUUGUCAAUAAUAGAUGUGAAAUAUCAUGAGACUGUGAGAAUAAAUCUGGUCACGAUA